CCACCAGGCGCGGACGCGGCGGGAUGACAACAUGCGCCGCGCUGAUGUAGUGGAUACCAUGUGUUCAUGCGUGCGUGUAAACUCUGCCCUGUGUCUCAACUCUCAACUCGCAUCCUAUUGUUCUGCGGACAAGAGCUAGACGUACGACCGCAUUGUAGGCCGGCGUUCGUCGAGAGACAAGGAAAUGGAGCAGUACGUCGCCCUCUUAACCUACCUACAACGGUUCGCAGAUUCGGUUUCCGCGGUGAGCUGCGACGCGGAGGCGACGGGGGAUGGCGGCAGCGAUGUCUGCCGCAACGAGGCGGCCGCGCUGCAGCUCAAGAUGGUCGCCGUCGCCGCUAUCCUUGUCUCGAGCGCCGCCGGCGUCGCCAUCCCGCUCGUCGGCCACAGGUGGCGUGGCGCGGUUCGAGCCGGUGAGGGCGGGUGGGCGUUCGUGCUCGCCAAGGCGUUCGCGGCGGGGGUGGUCCUGGGCACGGGGUACGUGCACAUGAUGCACGACGCGGAGGAGAAAUUCUUGGACCCGUGCCUCCCGGACUCGUCCCCGUGGCAGCAGUUCCCCUUCGCGGGCUCUGUCGCCAUGCUCGCCAGCCUCGUCACACUCGUGGUCGACUUCAUCGGCACACAGUUUUACGAGCGUAAGCAGCGCGAUAAGGCCGGUGCCGCCUCCGCCACAACGAGCGCCCAAGAUGAGACGGGGUCGCCAUUGCUGCAGGACGGGAGGACUACAGGGGGCCAGAAGUGUGAGGCCACCCUUGGGCACAGCCAUGCGCACGUCUACGAAGGAGUGGUGCGCAACGGCCAUGGCCACGAGAACGAGGAGGGCCCGUCCCAAGCUCGUCAAGUGGUGGUUUCACAGGUACGAACACAGUGGUUGCCUUGCCCCUCCUGUCAAGCUCAAGCAUAAUCGAUGCUGUUUUUUGGGAUAGCUUACCAAGCAAGCAUAAUCGUAAUUAACGAACUCAAAACACUAUAUCACUCUCGCUUAAUUAAUUAGUUGCUUAAGUAUGUGUGCAAGAACAAACUCUCUCAAAGCAGGCUUUCACCGAGCUUUAUAGAUAUAUCAAUCAUGCAGUUCAUACAACAAGUUCAAGUGUACCAAAGAAAAUAAUAAUGUCUGCUGGGCGUCAACACAAACACACCCAAGGGGAAUGCAAAGAAAGAAGUAAAAAGGCCGCCAAGUGGCCGGCGCCUCGGGAAC